CACCGACUCAAACCCAUUACCGUUCUUUUAUAACUCACUCUCUCUCUCUCUCUCCCUCUCUCUCUUAUCAAUUCAUGCUCUAAGGUCUUUAACAAUGGUGGAUCUUCAGACUGUAUGCUGUAUGUGUGGUGAUGUAGGCUUCCCCGAGAAGCUCUUCCGCUGCAACAAGUGCCACAAUCGCUUUCAACACUCGUAUUGUAGCAACUACUACAGCGAAUCAUCAGAGCCAAUUGAGCUAUGUGAUUGGUGCCAAAGUGAAGAAAGAAGCUCAACAAGACAUGGAAGUUCUUCAAAGAAGUCUUCAACCAGCAACGACACCGCUGCCACCAAGAGAUCCGAGUACUCCGGCGACAAAAUCAAGCAACAUGAUCACCGUGAAGACACCGCCACUGCCGAGAAGGGGAAGAAUCCGACCGGUGCGCCGUCGCCGAGGCCUAGUACUCGCAGGUACAAGCUUCUCAAGGAUGUCAUGUGUUGAAUCAAAACAAGACUUAUGUAUCCAAGGCUUGUGUUGUGUGUGUGUGUGUGUCUCUCUCUCUCUUUCUCUCUCUCUAUGUAUAUUAGCAAAUGUGCAUUAUAAGUUUGUUUUUGUGGGUUUUUUUGAGUUGUUGAGUUUUGUUUUGGGUUUGUGGUUUGUAGUAAGUUGUUAAAUAAUGGAACUUAUAUUAUAAUUUGUUUUUGCU